AUGAAGAGAAUACAGGUGUAUUCCCAAACAUACGUCCAAUUACGAAGCGGAGACAAGCUGGACUUUAGCGAUGAAUUUGAGGUCGCAUCCCUUAGCUCCAUCUCCUCAUCUUUCUCUGCGCAUAUCCCUGCUGAGGUCCAAGAGGGGAUUGACCGUCGCACAGCGGCAGUUACAGUGUGCCCUGUGUGUGAGAUACCAGUGGACGCGGAAUUGUUCAAAUCUUUCAAGUCAAUGGAGAAGAUGGGUCAACAAUCUCGAUUCUGCUUCCUACACAGGAGGAAGACUGCUGAAGAACAAUGGAAGGAGAGGCGAUAUCCUGCCAUAGAUUGGGAGUCAUUUAAGGAGCGUAUCGAGAAUCAAUUUUCGAAAUUGGAAAGUAUACUAUCACCCGAGAGUGACUCGGUAUAUCGAAAAAUAUUGAAAUCAUCUGCACGCGACCGCAAUCAGCAAGGCAAUUUCCGUUUUAGUAUUACCAACUCGGAGUUAGAAAAGAUAUCUACAGGGUAUUAUGGAGCACGGGGUGCUAGGAAUAUGAUGGAAGUUAUUAUCGCUCGAUUUGCUCCACGGGUGCGAGAGCUAGCUCUAUCAGAUUCGUUGGUACAGGCAGUUGGGGUUUCCGGUUAUGUGCAAGCAGUGCUUGUUCCAGAAUUGACGACAAUGCUGGUCAAGGAGGAUAUGGGUGUUGAUGACGAGGAAGCUAGGCAGAUCAUACAAGAUAGCAUGGAGAUUGGCGACCUCCUGAACCAACAACCUGAUGAUGCUGUGGAACCAAAGGACGAAUACCCAGACACGGUGGAAACAAACGAGCACCCAAAAACCGAUUCAGUUGAUGCGAACUGA